CCCCACACCCUGCGUAUCUAUCCCCAACCCAGACACGCGCCGUGAGUGCAGGAGGUGAUGUAGAGAUGGUGGCAGAAUUCUGCGACCAUGUCACAAGGUAUUUAUAUUUAUUUUUACAACGUAACAUUUAAAACGAACGGCGACUCAUGCUUUUGGUUUUCUAUAAAUACUUAUUGACUUGCGUUUAUUAAAUAUUUAAGAGCGACCAUUUUGACACUUGAAAUUCAAAUGAAUGGUAUGUAUGAAUUAAAUAAUAUUUUAAUAAACCAUACUAGUUGAGCAUUUCUCCCACUUCGUCGAAGCAAGAGGAGUAAUUCACGUGGGCAUCUGAUAACGUUAGAAACGCUCCGAUUAUUUUCCAGUUAGUUUUCCUCGGAGGGGAAUCUCGUAUCGUAAAGCAAAGACAGAUGUGUGUACAAAUUACAGCGCAUUCCUUUAUGGGCGAGUAUCUCGGAGAAAGUGCGGUCAUGCUGGUCCGCGUCGACAGCAAGCGCGGACUUCUUUUUAGUCUGAAUGAAGUUUAAGAGGCAUGUCAUAUAGAAGGGGACCUCGGCAGAAUCGGACUACGACCAACUUCACUGGGUAGAUUUAAUCAAGGACUUAAAUGCAAGAAGCUUCGCACUGGACUUGCUUCGUAACCUAGGACUUAAUAUAUCCCACUUUUCAGAGAAAAUCCUAAGCCAACAGAGUGCGAUAUUUCUGUUCUAUCACUGGACAUAACACGAACUUUUCUUCGUUGAACACCCAACUAUUGACUCUGUGCAGCAUUGUCCCUACGGCGCGCGUAUUUAUGAACUCCUGCAUGCUACUGCAUUCCUUCCCCCGUCCGUCAUUUAGUUGAUAGGCGGCGAAUUUCGGAUGUAUUCCUUUGUCCUGGCGUGAUCUCUGGGUUUAUAACUAUGGCCACUUCGCGAGGACAGAAGGUUCCGAAGAGCGAUAAGUUGGAUGAGGCGCAGGCUUUGGCGAAGAGCUGCGCCGGGAGACCCGACUUUCUGCCGUGCGAUGGACUGUCGAUCUGCGCCACUCACAGCCACGGAAAGUGCUUCAAGCUGCACUGGUGCUGCCACUUAGGCUGGUGUCACUGUAAAUACGUGUACCAGCCCAUGACCAGCGUGUGCCAGCUUCCCAGCACCCCGGUGCCCACCGCCCCCACCGAAUACGCCGGCACCGUCGACCUGUCAAUCUCCCUGACGGAGCGCUUCCUCAGGACCGCCCCCAGCUUCCGGCCGCCGCCCUGCCCGGAGUCGCCCAGGUACUGCGUCAUUGCCGACCUCUUCGUCGACGACUACAUCGUCAAGCGCGUCAACGGCAAGAUGUGCUACGUGCAGCGGCCCCCGCCGGCCCUGCCCCCGGCCCCCCCGCCCCGGGUGCCCCCCCCGCAGCACCCUGCGGGCCAGACCGCGAGGGGGGCUCACUGUGGGUACAAGCAGACCCUCCCCGGGGACAAGGCCGGCGGACCCAAAAUAGACCAGUGCGCCUCGCCGUCCAGCUCGGAGGACUCCGGCAUCAAUGCGCUGGGCCUGCACUAUCUGGAGUCGUGCGACGAGGACUCCGAGGAAGAGGAGGACGACGAAGAGCUGAGCUCUGGCGGGGACUCCAGCCCCGGCAGCCUCUGGGACCAGGACGAGUGCUCGCUGCUGUCCCCCUCCAGGUCCACCGUGGAGAUCAUCGAAAAGAUAGAAACGACUGUUUGAUAUCAGGCCCCCCACCCCACCCCACCCCUCCCGCCCCCUCAUGUUCCUCAUGGGGGGUGAGUGAUGGAGGAUUCCCAUUUCCGUACAGUUCUGUUGGUUUUUGAACAGAGCAAACUGGGACCUGUACACAAAAAAAAACAGGGUUGAUUUAUUUUUUUAUAAUUUAUUUAUUUUUUUGCGAAAAGCUGGUGAAAUGUUUCUGAAUCGUUGCCACUGGACUCCCUGAGGAAGUGUACCCCAGAUGUUUACUGCUUUUACCCAGGGGGCUGUUCUUUCCAUGCCCCCCCCCCCAACACUCCUCUGCACCCCCAGCAUGGGCUCACUGACUGGGAUGUCUAGCAUGGUCUUGUAUCUUAGCUGUGGUAAGAUGUUAUUCUGUAUGAAAAACAGAGAAAACAUUCACUGCGCACAGACACGCACAUGCCCACACACACAAGCGGUGUAUGACCACAUGUUUAAAUAUGACUGGCUGUCUAGAGUACAUGUCCUUGGUGAAACUGAAUGGGUAGCCUUAUUUCACAGCAGAGAAAGGUCACUGAGUAUCGCUUGUAAAGAGGUGCCAUUUUAUUGCAGAAAUAAAGUGACUGAGAACAGACAGAGAAGAUGACCUCCGAUCCAUGUCGUCCAUUACACGUGAUUGUAGCGACAUCCAUGCAUGGGUCAGGGGACAUAUUGUGAAGUUUGAUAAGUGAAAGCAUUGUGUUCCCUGGAAGGACUUUGAGCGCAUGCACUCUGACCGUCACUGGAAUUCUGUUGGCCGCUCCCACUUGUCGGCUCCACCCACUUUCCGUCAAUCAUAUCAGUCUAGCUGACUUGUAACUGCCUGCAUAAUACUGGUAAUUAAGGAACAGAGUUUUUGACAAUCAAAGAAAUAUGGAGAAAUAAAUCUCCCGCGCGCAUUACCGAGUCACGUAACGAGGUGUUUCCUUGUGCCGUUGUUUCUGACGGGCUGAGGAAACAUUCGGAUCUCACUCUUGUGACGGUCUGGCGAGAAACGGCCCCUCCGUCCGUCUCCAGCGCGCAAGGCGGUUGGAUGGACGCCAAGCCGUUACAUUUAACUGCGCGGCGCCAUUAUCCCCACUUAAGGGCGUCCGAGGGGAAUCGCAAAAUCAGCCGACCCAGUGGCCGGUGUAGCUAGCGCUGACCUGUGAUUAGCGUCAGACCCGAGUGUCUAAAAUGGGAUCUGGGCAGAAAGGGGACGGAGUCUGUGAGCGUGGCGCUGGGACGACCGGCCGCACCCGACCCGGCUGCCUCCGGCGAACGGGAACGAAUGGGAAAAAGCAGCGGCUCUGUACGGACGGAGCAGGAAGGUCUGAGGAAGGCAGCUGCCUCCCGCACACGCCCCCGGACCGGCGCUUCUCUUCACCGGCUCGUCCCUCUCCUCCAGGCUGCUGUCACUGCGGCCGUCGGCAGUUGAGCACAAAGCCUUUCGGCUCACAAGCACAGGAAAUGGCGGCCGCUUCUGGUUCCGGGGGGUUUUUUCUGGAGCCCGUUUCCGGAGUUCUGUUCCAGAAGGGGCUGCUCUGUGAGCACAGCGCUGAGGACCCACCCCCAGGGACCCGCGGGUGCCCUCCAGACUCUCUCACUGGGGUCGCCUGGUGGAGCCAACAUGCAUGUGGACAUUCUGCAAUGCCAGCAUAGCCAGCGAUCAUAAAUAUAUAGAUUCACAAAUGUCUUAGUGUCGGUUGUGCUGAAGCCUCUUUUCUUACAACCCUAUUGGUAUUGCUCUUAUUUUCGUAUAAACAAAAUCUGAAUACAAAAA